AUGAAGGAAGAUAGAUCUUCACCCUCCGUUGUCACCAAAUCGGAAUUCAAGACAAUGAAUGGAGUAACUAAAGCUCAAUCUACUAAGAGCCGAAGAAGCGUAGCAAACAUGAACGAGACUGCUCUAGCGAAGAAGAGAGAAAAUGACCGCAACGCUCAAAGAAACAUCAGAGAGAAGGCAAGGAAGGAAAAGACUGAAAUGGAACAGAAAAUCCAAAAGCUAGAGAGCCAGCAAAGAGGUUUCGAUGAGUUGGUAAAACGGAACGAGAAGCUGAGAGCGUUAUUAUUAAAGCAUGAUAUCGAUCCUGAUACGGAAGAAGUACUCUCACCUCGCCAAACACAACCCCUAGAGAACAUUGCACCAGAAAAGCGAAGUCUAGGGUCAUCACAAGGCUUCCCUGCUGAAGGUAUGUUGGAAGGAAUGGAAAUGGAUCGCUCUACAACCGGAUACCAAUUUCCCAUCGUUUCUCAGCCAAGUUUACAACAAGCACCUGGACUUCUACCUAUAUACAACCCAAUGGAAUCAAAUCAACUUCUAGAUUCCCCUGAGCUCACAGGGUCUCCCGCAUCAUUAUAUUCGCAUCAUUCGGCAUCUCGAACCGGUUCACCACAAAACACAGGAGCCGUCUCACCACCAUAUCCAAGUCAUCAAUCCAUGACUCCUCUGCAACAUAUGUCUCAACCCAUGUAUCCUCUCUCGAUGCCUAUUCAAUCCAUGGGAUCUAUUCCACAAAUGUCGCCACCUCAUGAUAUAUCACUCCAGCAAAAUCCUGGGUUCCAAAACACAUAUACACAAGACUGGACGUUUCCUGGGUCAGCUGGUCCAAUCUGGGACCAAACCGUCGCAUUCAGACCUAUGUCGACUUACGCUGUACCUAUGACUAUGGAAAGAAAAGAUUCAUCGACGGUACAGAAUGCACACUCUCAGGAAACACACAGUGAAGGAAGGCGUUAG